AUGGCGCUCUCACGAGUUCCAGGGGACGAGAACCUGUACGUUGGUGGCAUCUUCACCUUGCGCCGAAAGGCCGCUCUCGAAACCACAGGAAUUACUCACAUAGUCUCGGUUCUGAAAUACGACUUCAAGGACUUCGAGGACUGGGAGAAGUACAAGCAUCUGAGUAUUGAGGUUGAUGAUGUCGACGAUGAGAAUCUGCUUGUAGAAUUUGAGAGGACGGGGAAAUUCAUCGAGGAGGGCUUGAAGAGCGAAAAGGAUGGCAAGAAAGGAGCUGUGUUGGUUCAUUGCGCGAUGGGCAAAUCUCGCUCUGUCACGGUCACAAUCGCGUAUCUCCUUCGCAAAUAUCCACACCACACAGUCAAGUCUGCUCUUGAAUUGAUCCGAGAAUCUAGACCUAUUGCGGAACCCAACGAUGGCUUCAUGGCCCAGCUCCAGCUCUACAAGGAGAUGGGCUGUCCACGUGAUAUCGAAGCGCACCCAAAAUAUCAGAGAUGGCUCUACGAUCAAGAGGUUGGAUUGGCUCUUGCAGCUGGCAUGGCACCAGAACGAGUUCGCUUUAGAGACGAAGAAGAACUCGUCGAGAGCGAAAUUGGGGGGAGAGAGCUUGAGCUACGUUGUAGGAAAUGUCGACGAACACUAGCUACAACUCAAUACCUUGUCAACCAUCUCCCCACGCCGGGCAAAGCCCAAGCAUUGCCAACAGAUGGGCCGAUAUCCUCACUCAACCCGUCUCUACCACCUGCCCCGCUUCACAGUGCGUGUACUCACCACUUCCUGCAUCCUGUAUCCUGGAUGCGGCCUGCCCUUGAGCAGGGUUUGCUCAGCGGCCGCUUGGAGUGUCCGAAUCCGAAAUGCGGAGGUCAACUCGGGCGCUACGCUUGGCAGGGUAUGAGAUGUAGCUGCGGGGUAUGGGUAUGUCCAGCGUUCAGUCUGCAAAAGGGGCGCGUCGACGAAGUCACCAAAAAGAAUGACCAUGGAACCAGUAAGUCUGGGAAUAUGGGAGAUAAGGCCAAGAUAGGGACUGGGCAUGGCAUUAGGCUACCGCCGGGAAUGAAGGGGAAGGAGAAUCUAUAG